UAUGUAUUUUACAGAGCUUUUUGCUUCAUUUUACGACUGCUUGAUUGAUGCCGAUCGAGAAAAGUAUAACGACGUUAUAGUUUCAGCAAGGUGGACAGACACUUUCAAGCAGAGGAUCGAUUUGUUGUGUAAAAAAGAAGGAAAAAAUUUCCUAUUAACACCGACACUUUAUGUUCAUUCGUUUAAAUGCCUUCUAGAUCACUCGUCAAUAUCAUUGUUGGUAUCUGAUUUUGAGACUAUAAUUAACGAAUUUUAUAUUUCUACUAAAAUAACUACCGAGUUUUAUGCAAGAAGUGAAACUUUUUUUGAAACUCAAUGGCCAAUCAUCGCUGAAAAAUUUAUGGCAAUUGUGAAAGUUGCCUCUGGCCAAAACAUAAAAAAUUUCAAGAAAAAGCACCAACCUUUAAUAGAUGCAGGUAAACAUGACAAUCUAUUGGCUCUUUUCGCUUUGCCAUGGUACUUGAACAACACUCACGAAGGGAUCACUAGAAAGCAAGCUGCAGAUGCUUUUUUUCUACAUCUUAAGGAUGAUUCAAAUUUAGCUGUAGAUAGGGAGAAUCACGAAAAAACUCUAGAAAAACUUUCUAUUAGGAUACCUUUGUAUGUAAUUUUAUGUGGAACGAUUGAAUCAAUUUCAAAAUCUUAUCUUGUAUUUAAUGGAACUAUUAUAAGUUAUUCUAAUCCGUUCAAAGCUAUUUUAACUUGCAUUAAGUGUCAAGCAGCUCUGCGUUCAUGGCCCAUUGCCUGUGAGCCAAUUCAUGCUUUUUUUCAAUUUAUUAUCUAUAAGAUACCGAUGAAUAAGAGCUUAUUUUUUGUCUAUAAGACUCAUGCUGUGACAAAAAACUUAAUUGAAAAAUUGCAAAUAAAUAAGAAAUAAGGUUUUUUUUCAAAUGUUAA